UUCUAGAUUGGGUGGAUAUGCUGCACGCUAGGCAGCAACACUGACAUUCCUGUCUCGAUGGCUGGUGAAGCCGUCGAAUGGAUAUCAACCAGCGAAGAAUCACACUUGAUCAUUGGUUUAUCAAUCUUCAACACGUCCCAGUUCUGGGACCUGCGAGAACAUGUCCCUCCAACUGUGGCAUUCAUCUUCUUGCCCAUUGCUACAAUGGUGUUGGCGACAGCACUCUCCCAUCGCCGCAUUCUUCGCUGCCUUCCGAGUCUCAGUGUCAAAUUUACAGGCUUGAAUCCAGUUGCAACGAUGUCUACAAGUGAAGGCGAAGCUCCUGCGGUGUUGAUCCCCAUUGCCGAUGGGACGGAGGAGAUUGAGGCCAUCGCCGUGGCAGAUGUCCUCACACGCGGUGGAAUGAAGGUGACGCUAGCCGGUGUCGGUCGCAAGCUGCAGAACAUCGUGACCAUGUCACAAGGCACAAAAGUGCAAGGAGACAUUGCCAUCGAGGCCUGCGUCGACCUUAACUUUGAUCUUAUCAUGUGUCCAGGGGUGAGUGCUUAUCCUGUCUUACACGGUAUAUACAGAUUAGCAUAUCAACUUGUUGUUACUUGCCACGUAGGGACCGGGUGCUCAGCACCUGCACGAUUGUGCCGAGCUGAUAACAAUGCUCCAGAAGCAGAAACACCAGGGUCGAUACUAUGGCGGCAUCUGUGCUGCUCCUGCUGUUGUGCUUAUCCCCCACGGACUGCUUGAUGCUGGUCCGGCCACGACAUACCCAAGCUACGGGGAGAAGAUGAAGGGUGUGGACUACAAGCCCGAUGAACGCGUCGUUGUGAAUGGCAAGUGUGUGACCAGCCAAGGCCCUGGAACCGCGAUCGAAAUGGGCUUGAAGCUCGUGGAGCUGCUAGUUAGCGGAGAAAAAGCGAAGAGCGUGGCCCAGGCACUGAUCGCGUAAGAAGAACGAGGUCGGUGAACUAAAAAGUGAAGAAAAUGAUAACAAACGAGAGCAGAUUUCUAUUCUGACAGUACAUUUUAACAAGAAUUAUUGACAAUUUCUCGGGGGAAAUGCUACGAGUUGAAUCAAACAUAAGCCCCUUCAUUGAG